AUGGGCAGCAAAGAAGACCCUGGCAAAUGUUGUCCAGCCACCGCCCCCAUCUCCAGCUUCACUAUCCAGUCCAUCUUGGGCAGCGGGCCCUCUGAGGAGUCCAGGGAGAUCGGGGCCAAGGGCGCCGCGGGCUGGGCGAACAGGAAAAGGAGUCUGUCGGUAUCCUCGGAGGAAGAGGAGGCAGAUGACGGCUGGAAACACUCUGGCUGUUACUGCCCCGACUCGCAUGGCCCGAAGGAGUCGGGCCACAAGCACCAUCAGCCCCUCACACUAACUUGUCUCAGUAACUCAAAGGCUAGCGGAGGAGCCGGAUCAGUGAGUUCAGACAGGACGCCUUUCCUCUCCCAACCCCAGCAAGACUUUAAAGAAGAGAAAGAGAAACACUUCCACCCCGGGUCACCAUCGCCUGGAGCAGAGCGGCCUCGGGAUUCUGGAGUAGAUCGGCAGGCUGGAUCCGCCAAGAAGAAGACCCGCACGGUCUUCUCUCGCAGUCAGGUGUACCAGCUCGAAUCUACAUUCGACAUGAAGCGUUACCUGAGCAGUUCAGAACGUGCUUGCCUUGCUUCCAGCCUACAGCUGACCGAAACGCAGGUGAAGACUUGGUUCCAGAACCGGCGGAACAAAUGGAAGAGGCAACUCUCUGCAGAACUGGAGGCGGCCAAUAUGGCCCACGCCUCGGCCCAGACUCUGGUGGGGAUGCCACUGGUGUUCAGAGACAAUUCCCUUCUGAGGGUCCCCGUGCCCCGAUCGAUAGCCUUCCCGGCCCCUUUGUACUAUCCGGGGAGCAACCUGUCAGCCUUACCUCUCUAUAAUCUGUACAACAAGAUUGACUACUGA